AUGAGCAGCAGCGCCCCGACGACCGACUCGAGCGUGCCCCAGGUGGCGCAGGACGCCGUGCUGGUGCGCUCCGAGGACCUGGAGGGCAAGAGCGCGCACGUGCGCGGCUACGACUUCAACGAGGGCGUGGACUAUGAGAAGCUCAUGCAGAGCUACGUGACCAUGGGCUACCAGGGCACGAACCUGGGCGAGGCCAUCGAGGAGAUCAAGCGCAUGCGCAAGUGGCGCCUGAGCGACGACCCCGUGUCCCCGGACGAGCACGACGAGGAGCGCAAGGACCCGGCCUACCGCGCCACGGUCAAGACCAAGAUCUUCCUGGGCUACACGUCCAACCUCAUCUCGAGCGGCCUGCGCGAGUCGCUGCGCUUCCUGGCGCAGCACAAGAUGGUGGACGUCAUCGUGUCGUCGGCGGGCGGCAUCGAGGAGGACUUCAUCAAGUGUCUGGCCCCCACGUACAUCGGCGACUUUGCGCUCAAGGGCGAGAACCUGCGCCGUCGCGGCAUCAACCGCAUCGGCAACUUGCUCGUGCCCAACGACAACUACUGCAAGUUCGAGGACUGGAUGGACCCCAUCCUGGACAAGAUGCUCGAGGAGCAGAAGACGCAGGGCACGAUCUGGUCCCCGUCCACGAUCAUCCACCGCCUGGGCAAGGAGAUCAACAACGAGGAGUCGGUCUACUACUGGGCCUACAAGAACAACAUCCCGGUCUUCUGCCCGUCGCUGACCGACGGCUCCAUUGGUGACAUGAUCUACUUCCACUCGUACCGCAACGAGGGCCUCAUCGUGGACAUUGCCAGCGACAUUCGUCGUAUGAACGACCACACCAUCCGUGCCCCCGGCAAGACCGGCGUCAUUAUCCUUGGCGGCGGCAUGGUGAAGCACCACAUCCUGAACGCCAACCUCAUGCGCAACGGCGCCGACUUCGGCGUGUUCGUGAACACGGGCCAGGAGUUCGAUGGCAGCGACGCAGGCGCGCGUCCCGAUGAAGCCAUUUCGUGGGGCAAGCUGCGCUUGGACUCGAAGCCGGUCAAGCUUUACGCCGACGCGACGCUCGUGUUCCCGCUCAUCGUGGCGGAGACGUUCGCCAAGGAGUUCCACGCUGAAAAGAAGGAAGAGGAGGAAUCAGCAAAACCAAACAAGAGGGAAGCGAGCUGA